CCUAACCCGACCAGCGCGUACCCAACCAACACUCCCCGCCUGCAUCAUUAGUGCGCGCCCACUCUCUAACAACCACCCUCUUGCAUUUUCACUACGCACUGCCCCUGUUACGCCACGUGCGCCAUCAGUUCGCGCCUGGUCCGCCUGCCCCUUCGUGUCAUCAGCGGGCGCCCGCCUCCCGAGCCGGCGCACCAUGGCCGGGGUUGGUUUCGAGGAGUUCUCGGCGCCGCCGGGCUCGGAGCUGGCGCUUCCGCCGCUCUUCGGAGGCAACAUCCUGGAGAGCGAGCUGGAGACCGAGGUGGAGUUCGUGGACGGUGGCCUGAGCGGGGACGCGUUGCCCGAGGACGAGGAGGAGGAGGCACUGCAGCGGCAGCGCGAGCUGGGUCGCAGGAAGGUGCAGGCGCUCGGCCGCCGCUGUCGGGAGAUCGAGCAGGUCAACGAGAGGGUAUUGAACAGACUUCACCAUGUGCAGAAGAUAACACGGCGCCUCAAGCAGGAGAGGAGGUUCCUCAUGAAAAUCCUGGAUUCUUAUGGAGAUGACUACAGACAGAGCCAGCUCACCAUCGUCCUCGAGCCCAUCACUGGAAGGAAAGCUCUCCCUCCCUCUUACUUCAAACAGCCCCACUUUCUCUGCACCCAGGAUGAAGGCAGCCACAGCACAGAUGUGCCAACCCCUGGAAACACAGAGAAUGAGCCUCCUGAAAAAGAGACCCUCCAGCGAUUUCCCGGCCCCCCACCUACUGGCUUGGAGCCUGAAAGCCCCUCACCUGCAGAGGCCCCCAGCGGGAAGAAGCGGCGGCGACAUGGCCGUGAGGACAAGGAGCAAAGGGGCCGGCGGACAGCCCCCUCCCUCCUCACCAUGGAUGACUUUCCUGUCCAGGUCAAAGCAGAGGAUGACUUUCCAUGCAGCCAAGAUGAUGUCCUUGACCCCAGCUGGAACCAGCCCAGCCCUCCCGACAAAAUGCUUCACUAUCCCAAGUUCUCCAGCCCUGGGGGCUGCUCUGAUUUUGACUGAGUCUUCCUGGAAGUGACUAGACUGUUGGCAUCACCCCGUGGAGGACUAAAGGAGGGUUAGUGCAUGGAGCUGGCAUCCCUUCCUACAAGCCUGGAUAUUAACUCCUCCUGUACCAGUAACUCUGCUUUGAUUGAGGGUUAAGGGAUAGGAAGAGAGCAACAGACUGUGCAGCCAGCUGGGAGAAGGUGGGGACAGCUCAUAGAUCAGUCACCACCUGGACUCAGAGAUUCUGACCCUGCAGUUACUUUAGGCAUAGAAGCCUGUGGCAGGAGGUGGUGUCUGUUCAAUCCCAGUACAAUAAAGAGAUGCUGUGACUGGACAA